GCUGGCUGAGGUCCUACAUCCUCAGGACCGCAGAGCCCCAGCCUCCCACAUAGGUCUCCCGCUGCCCACACUCCGGCCUUGACCUGCAGGAUAAAGGCUGGGCCGCAGGCAGCUGGGCUCAGUAUCAUCUCCCCAGAAGCUUCGUGGCCAUGACACAGCUGCUUCUGCUGAUUGUGGCUCUCCUGGUCCUGGGUCACGUGCCACCAGGGAGAAGUGAAUUCAAGAGGUGCUGGAGAGGCCAAGGGGCCUGCCGAACUUACUGUACGAGGUAUGAAACCUACAUGCACAUGUGCCCAGAUGCCUCCCUGUGCUGUCUCGCCUAUGGAGUCCGGCCUCUGUCCUCUAAGACUGAAUCUGCGUAGCUGGUUCUGGGGCUGGGACCCGUGCUCUCCAAUAAACACCUGCUGCUGGC